AAAGUCACCGGAGGUAGCCACGGUUCUUGCCGGAAGUUGCACCGGGAAGUUGAAUGAAGAAAACAUUUCCUGUGCAAAUCAGCCCGCUUUGGUGGCGGGAAGCAGCGAGUUUUAUGAUUUCCAACGUUGUUUUCGCUCGCGUUCGUUCAUUGAGCUUCAUAUCGUCGAUUUCCAGGUAUGAGAGAGAAUAAAUAUGAAGCCUAUUUUGGAGAUUACUGAGAUGGAGACCUCUCCAAACUCGAGCCGCUCAACGGAAUGAACUACGCCGGUGGUCGCAGAAGAUGCUAAUAUUCUUCGAACAACUUGAGGUAGACUACGUCUUGUUCGAAGACGCCCCAACUAAUUUUGUUGAAGAUGUCAACACCACCGACGACUCCACCGCUGCAACUGCUGAUGCCGCCGCUACCAAAGCAGUUGCCGCUCUAGAGAAGUCCAAAAGCACUGCUUCCAAAGACAAGGCUAAGGGAGAUGACCAAGCCAAAAGAAAGUACGAGAAGGACAACAAAACAGUUCGUGAUCAUCUCCUUAGUCACAUGACAAAUCCAUUGUUUGGUUUGUUCAUUUCGAACAAGUCCGCAAAGUCAAUUUGGGAGACAUUGCUGAAGAAGUACAGGGCGGAUGAUGCUGGAAAGCGCAAGUAUGUCACCGGAGAAUGGCUGCGUUUUCAAGUGGUGGAUGACAAAUCAAUCAUGGACCAAGUCCAUGAAUACGAGAAUCUGGUUUCUGAUGUCCUGGCCGAAGGGAUGAUGAUGUGCGAAAUUUUGCAAGAAAAUGUUCUCAUUGAGAAGCUGCCACAAUCAUGGGCAGAAUACUGCAAAAAAUUAAGGCAUAAGAAACGAGACAUGCCACUGGACGAAUUAGUCUACCACAUCAAAAUUGAAGAGGCAAAUCGCCUCAAGGAUAAGUCACUGUCCUCUUCUGUUUUACCUCCUGUUAAAGCUAACCUCGUUGAAUCUUCAAAUGGCAAUAAUCACAGGUAUAAAGGGAAUUUCUCCGGCUCUUUCAAAUCGAAUAAGAAGUCCUUCAAGAAACCAGGAAAUAAAGACUUCAAGAACCAUGGUGGACAGAUUCAAAAGAAAAAUAAUGGUGCUUGUUUCGUGUGUGGUAAAAUAGGUCAUAAGGCUAAUCGCUGCUUUAAGAGAUUUGACAAUAACAAGGAUGGAAAUGUUCACCACAAUCCUCAAGCUAAUGUUGUCGAGCAUGAUGACAUCAUUACUGCCGUAGUUUCUGAAGUGAACAUGUCAAAGAAGUAGUUAUCCUUCUAUUUUUCAAAUUGGUGGAGUGAGUGGAUCAAUUCAAAUUGACUCCUACUUUUGUGGUCUCACCGUACACUUCCUUCACUUCACCACAAAUCUCUCAACUUCCUCUAACAUCUCUAUUUUCUCUAGGUCUAUUUAUUGGAGUGGUCUGGCAGAGGGGAAAUAUCAGAUUAUAUCACUCCGAUCCAAACCUUCUGCAAAUCCUCGGAAAAUUCUCUGCAAAUUCUUCUUUCCCUUGUUAAGCAAAAUCUGUGCGGUUCCUUCCUGCUUCUGUGGGUGCGCACAAAGGCCGGCUUCCGUGUUAUCCUUGGGGGACGACGGCUUUGAUCAACCGCACCGGUGAAGGCGAAAUCGUUUCUAAGGCAGUGGUAUUAAUCGACGACACGGCGCUUCACUCUUUCUGUUUUAGUUUAAAUUUCAGGCGGAAGAAGAAAUCCUUGGCAGGAGCACAAGAGGAGACCGGCAGUACCGAACCAACAGUAAAUGAUAGGAAUUACCAUAUUGAUAAUAUGCCUCAGUAUGGAGCAAUAAUAGAGAAACUGUCGCUUUCCUGGAAAGAUGAGUCGGAUGACCUAGGGAAUCGAGAGAAGGAUGGAACGCAGAACAACGCCGAAUCUGCUUCGCUGUAAACGUCGAGAUCAUCCGUCUUCCCAUCCAGUUGUUCGCCUUGGUCUAGACGAUGGUGAAAGGCCCUGAAACCACGGCGACGACAUCAGAUCUAGGCUGCGAUUGCAACACCGGGUUUCAAUAGCGGCGGCAUAUGCGGCUGCGGCGAAGAAGAAUUGAAUGCGGCGAUCCGGCGAGGAUGAGAUGUAGUUGAGAGCCUACCCUGUCGAGGUGCGGCGCCUCGCGAAGAGGAUCUCCGAACAGAGAAGAGAGAGUUCCUCGGGAGUCACCGGCGCUGAGCAUCGGAGUUAGGCUGAUGGAUGCGUAGAUCUGCUGCACAGAUCUGCUGCGGGGGUUGCUGGUCGCCGUUUCACCGUCCGAAGCUUGCCGCUGCUGCGCUCGCCGGAGUGAAGGGGUCGUCGGAACUUCAACGACCGUAGCCGCCACUCUCGUUCGUGAUUUAGUCCGGCUCGGAUAGCAGGUGAAAGGCUGCGGCUAGCACCAGUCGCAGCACCUCUGAUAAAAUGGAGCUACCGGCGUAGAUCCGGGGUCGUCAAUUGAGUCCUCAGAUGACGAAUCUGCGGUAGAUCUACGGCGAGGCUCUCCCGUCGUGCUUUGAAGCCGGCGGUGGUCUUCCUUGUGCCAAUGGCAGAGCUGGUCGGCGAUGGGUGGGGAAUCCAAGACCAGUGACCGAAUCCCACC